GCCGCGCGCCGCCGCCAUCCCGGGUGAGGCGCGUCCGCCUGUGCUGCCUCUCAGGGGUCGCGUAGGGCGCAGGGGCUUGUUUAAGGUAGAGGACGGAGUUAAUGUCUUCAGGAUAAAGAUUACCAGAAGUUGAGAGAGAGAGAGAGAGAUAGAUCCUGUGAGGCUGCCCUGUGCCUUGGAUGAGAUCCUGUCCUUGGGCAGUGCUGUGCUCUGUGGGAGGCUGCCUGCCUGACCUUGGAGCAGGUUCUGAGAGAGAAAGGCCAUUCAAAGAGUCACUUACUGAUCUCCACCUGAGAGAAGGCUCAGUGAGACAGAAAGCAGCAGCAUGAGCAAGAGCGCCAGUGAUGAAGGGUGCAGCAGUGCCAGUUCCCUUCAAGCAGAUCUCUCCAAACUUGUGAUCUGGGCACACAGUCACGGGACCAUAUGCAACCAGAUCCCAGCCCUGGAAUUUGUGCAUAACACGGGUCCCCUGAGCAAUGACAACGCUCUGCUUUGGAUGUGCAGAGUCGGACACGCCUAUCACUGGCACUUUGGAAAGUUAUGUGACAGAGGUGAAGAAGAGACUGAGGCUGUAGGAAAGAUAAAGAGGUUCCUGUCUUCUGAGUCUUUGACAAGGGAAGGUAGCUUUGAGGAAAAGAGGCUCAAGCUGACCCCAUUAUCUUUUGAGAUAGGUCAAGCAGAUUCUGGGAGCACAGGGUCAUGUGGCAGAUCCCAAGGGUUCAGUGAGCAGACAGCUGACAGCACCUACACAAGGAAUAAUGAGCCCAGGGGGAGUCAAAAUACCAGGAAACCCAUAACAUUGUACUCUGCAGCAGAGCGGAACUUCACAGUGUCUGGUGGUAUAGUCCAAACUGGUGAACAGGACCUGAAGUCAGAAAGUGAUGAAGACUUACAGAUCAUCGCUGAUGAAGAGCAGCAUGAGGCAGAUGAAGACAACCAGGGAGACAGAAUCAGCCAGGAUAAUGUGUCAGAGCCGUCUGCUGAGGAGUUGCAGAUGCUCCACUGCCAGAAUACGGCAUUGCACCAGCCAACAGACCCCCAAAAAGCUGCCUCUGCCCCCACAGCAAGGCCACCCCUAACCCGUGCCUACAUUCUGCAGGCUCCUGUCAGCAACCCAGAAGACCCGAGCAGGAACGUCCUGAGGCUGGGUCCUUUCACUGCUACAGGGCCCACAGCUGAAACUUCCAGAGCAAGGAGCCUCCCAGCAUCAGCAGCACCAAAGGUAUGUUUCAAAUCCCUUCCAGUCCGCAGCACCAAAGCCAGGGCCCAGCUUGAGGCACAGCCCUCAGUGAUAUUUGAGUUCCAAGCCAUUGCUGAUGUUCAGCAGCAUCUCCAGCUGAGCUCUCCAGAGUGUGGCACACCAAGCUCCAGCCAGGAUGGUGCUGAGAACGUGAAUGAGGACAGUGAGACAUCAGGAUCCGGGCAGAUACCUUGUUCUUCAGCAUUCCAGAGUCCAGACAGCAAUCCACCUGGAGCCUCAAACAGAGCCGUGUCUUGUCUUUUAGAUGUGCUGAAGAAUCAGGAGAAAAAGAGAAACUAUACCCUGGGGGACAUAAAAGUGUUUGAAGAGUGGCUGAAGUUGCACCACCCCUCUGAGACGCGCAAGAUCCACACGCUGCCUCCUGCAGACCUCGACCACUACCUGGUCUCAUUCUUCAGCUCCACCAAGAGACAGAAUGGCAUGGAUUUUUCUUCCAAUUCCCUAAGCUUCUUCCAGCGCAGCAUCGACCGGUACCUCAAGGACCACAAUUACAAGUACAACAUGUUGAAAGGGGUAGAGUUCAAGGCCUCUCAGGAAGCCUGGAAAUUAAAGCAUUGGUACCUGUUCCAAAAGGAGAAGGAGGAAAUGUGGAGUGUUGUGGAGAACAUGACAGAUGAAGAUGUGAAAAACCUUUUUAAGAAGGGAAUUUUAAGCAAGACACACCCUCAGGGCUUGUUGCACCUCAUGUUCACCAACCUCAUUAGGGGGUUUGGGGCAAGUACCCACCAUUGGACCUACCAGCUGUGCUGGGGACAGGUGGUGCUGAGGAAGACCAAAGGAGAGGUGGAAUACUUGGAGUGGAAGGAUGAUCUGAGCCCAGAGGGAAAUGAAGGGGAGCCAAGCCCACGGCUCUUUGCCAAGCCUGAGGAUCCAGAGAACUGUCCAGUCGCCAGUUACAAGGAGUAUGCCAGGAGGAGGCCGCCGGACAUGAUGAAUGAUAACCACCCUCUUUACCUGUCUCCCAAGUCACUGUGCUCCGUCUGGGACAAAGUGUGGUACAGCAGGAAGGCACUGACAAAAACCAAACUGGAUAAGAUCUUGAAAGUUGUUAACCAGGGAGUCAAAGAAGUUGUAAGGAAGACCAGGAAAUAGAAGUGUCCCUUCAGCUUUGCCCCUUAAACUGCUCCAAGGCUGCUCUGAAACAGAAUCCUAUUGCAAUAUUUGGUGUAGGUUGAGAACAAACAUCCUUCUGCUGGGCUUCACCUUGGCACUGAAGGAACCUACAGAUCUGCAGCGCCUUGGCUUCCAGGGAAGUUCCUUUUUGUUGUUUCUGUUACUGGAAUUGGUAAUUCAGUGAGUUAGUAAGAAUCUCCAGUUUCACAUUGGCUAAACAAGUUAAUGUUCUACUGUGGGGUCAAUGCUGUUACAAACAACCAGUGCUGAUAUGGAGAGGGCUUGGGGGUGGCAGAGCCUGGCCAGAAGCAUCAGCUGCACCCACAUUUUGGGGCUGAAACCCCCCACAGCUCAGCUUGGGGCACAGACCUGCGGGGAAAGAUGAGUGACAACAAGGAGAGCGAUGAUGCUGCUGACCCAACUUUGCAGGAAUGCUUCUGACAAGGUUCAGGUCAUUUCCCUUAAGGAAAGAUUCGUAGAAUGAAGAAGCUGUGGCUGUUUUAAGAAGUUGUUUAAAGUGUCUGACAAUGUUGAAAGGUUUUAUGGUAAGUGGUUUCCCUGGAGUGCAAAACACAGCUCCACGAAGGCACUGGAAGGUGUGCUCAGCUCUGCUCAGCUACCCCAGCACUGUUUAGUGCCUGUUAACAGCUCAGUCAGGUUUUUGGUUGCAUUGUUGACAGAGCCAAAUAAAAGAACCUUUAAUUCA